UUCCCAAUUCAAAAGCUUCAAUUUUUUCAGCUCAGAAGAAAAAACAUUCAUCGACCAUUCGACCCUCUGAUGAGGGAAGCAUUAGGAUCUCCGACAACUGCGAGAAACCAUUGUGUUAAGAAGAGUGGUAAUGGAGAGUCCAUACUCUGCACCGCCGCAUGCGGAUGCGUCUCGGCCGUCAUUGGGUUUCCCUCUCGGCACCGCCCUUCUCUUGAUCGUCAUCUUCAGCUUGAGCGGCGUCUUUUCCUGCUGCUACCACUGGGACAAGGUCCGAUCCCUCCGGCGAUCAUUCUCCGACGGCCCGGCUUCCGGUGGUGAUGGCGGGCCCCACAAACCCACUACUGAUUCACAGUCGGAUUUAAAGCAAAACAGGAGCUUGACUCUGCCGGUAGUAAUGCCCGGAGAUCAAGUGGCGAAGUUCUUAGCUCUGCCUUGUCCACGUCAGCCGCUUCAUCCGGAGAAGAUUGUGGUGGAAGUGCAAGAGCCGCCGCCGCCGUACAAACCUUUUGUCCGUGGAGUCGAAUCAGUGCCUUUCUAUUAAUUACUUAAUGAAAUGCGACUGGAAAGUUAUAUAUAUUUAGGUUUGGAUUUUUGAAGAAUCAGGAAAAUAUAUGAGCAUAUGGUUGUGGUGGAGAGGUCUCUGUUAUUAGCUUUCGUUGUUUACUCUGUUCAUGAGUCGCCUAGAUUUGAAGGAAGCCCUGUACAGUGUGUAUACAUAUAGAUAUCAUUCUUACUCUUCCUUCCUCGUCAAUUCCUUCUCUUUGAAGUAAACUUUUCUAUUAAUGGUACAGUAUUGUUUAAUCUCCUUA